GUGGAUCCCAGCAAGAUUGAGGGUGUGAGCAAGUGGGAUACGCCAAGAAGUGCUGCAGAUGUUCGUAGUUUCCUGGGGUUAGCAGGAUACUACAGGAGGUUUAUCGAGGGCUUCUCGAAGAUAGCCCAGCCACUGACCAACCUUACGAAGAAGGCCGUGAGGUUCGAUUGGAGUCCUCAAUGCGAGGAGAGUUUCCAGGAGUUGAAGAGGAGACUCACUACUGCGCCUGUCCUAUCUAUACCCGACCCUACUUUGGAGUUCACCAUCUAUAGUGAUGCUUCGAAGAUGGUUUUGGGAUGUGUCCUUAUGCAGCAGGGGAAAGUCGUAGCCUAUGCUUCGAGGCAGCUGAAGCCUCACGAGCAGAACUACCCCACUCAUGAUCUCGAGUUAGCUGCAGUUGUCCACGCCUUGAAGAUUUGGCGGCACUACCUCUAUGGAGGCAAGUGUGAGAUCUUUACCGACCACAAGAACGUAAAGUACAUUUUCACUCAGAAGGAGCUGAACAUGAGGCAGCGUAGAUGGUUGGAGCUGGUCAAGGACUACGACUGCACCAUUAGCUAUCACCCUGGGAAAGCUAACGUGGUAGCCGAUGCCCUUAGCCGGAGGAGUUAUGGCCAGCUGUCUUGCUUGUUCACCAAGCAGAAUGUUCUUCUUCGGGAGUUCGAGCGAUUACAGUUGGAGGCAGUAGAGUCAACUUCGGCAGCCGGGGGCGUGUUGGCCUCUUUAGUUGUGGGACCGACUCUUCGAGAGAGGAUAGUCGCCGAGCAAUCAAAUGACCGUUUCCUAUGCCGGAUGAGAGAGUUGUCGGAAGCCGGUAGAAUUGGUGGAUUCGCAGUCGCAUCUAAUGGGGCCUUGGUCUUUGAGGGUAGACUUUGUGUCCCGAAGGUGUGGGAGCUGCGAAGGGAGAUUUUGAGAGAGGCCCAUAGUGCCCCGUACACCAUCCAUCCUGGUAGCACGAAGAUGUAUCAGGACCUGAGGAAGUCUUUCUGGUGGCGAGGCAUGAAGAGGCAGGUAGCAAAGUUCGUGGAUGGGUGCCUGGUGUGUCAGCAAGUGAAGGCUGAGCGCCAGAAACCGAGAGGGUUGUUGCAGCCCCUUGAGGUUCCCCUGUGGAAGUGGGAGUGCAUCACCAUGGAUUUCUUAGUGGGACUGCCGAAGUCGAGAGGCGGGUAUGAUUCGAUUUGGGUGAUAGUGGAUCGCCUUACGAAGUCUGCCCAUUUUCUGCCAGUGCGGACGACCAAGAAGGCGAGUGAUUACGCCGAAUUGUUCGUCCAGGACAUUGUUAAACUUCAUGGAGUGCCCGUGGAGAUUGUUUUGGAUCGAGAUGCCAAGUUCACAUCCCAGUUCUGGAGGACGUUGCACCGAGCCAUGGGGACGAGGUUGGAGUUCAGUACAGCCUUUCACCCCCAGACAGAUGGUCAGUCGGAGCGUGUGAUCCAGUACUUGAAGGAUAUUUUGAGGGCUGUGGUCUUGGACCGAAGCCUGACUUGGGAGUAUGCACUUCCGCUAGUCGAGCUGACCUACAACAACAGCUAUCACUCUUCGAUCAAGAUG